GCAGGUCGUCAGUAGAGAUCUUGAAGGAGUAGCAGAGAGAGUGUUGGAAAGUGGGCAAGUUAAGCUAAGCAACUUGAUCUUUCCCCCUCGUGAGUCUGCCGCUCGCCUGCCCGCCCGCCAGCCAGCCAGCCUGCUUGCCAGCCUGCUCGUCGCGCGGCCUGACUCUGCCUCCGCCACGCGCCUCUACUUCGCUCAUCUAUAAGGAACACUCUUUUCCUUCGAAUUCCGCCACAGCCAUGACUCCCAGCGCCCGCCCCGCCACACUCAUCCUCGCCUCAUGCCUCCUGCUGCUGCUGCUGCUCCUCCCGAGAGGGAGCGCCGCCCCACGAUGUACCACGUAUGACCAGCCAGCGCCCAAGAACUGCAAGUACGGCACAGCGCUGGACUGGUGCAGCAACGGCGUGUGUGCCAAGGGCCCCGGCGAGACUUGUGGAGGGUACAGAAGGCAGGAUGGGAUCUGCGGCGAGGGCACGUAUUGCGAGUGUGGGCAUUGCAGAGGCUGUUCUCCCUUUGACGCCUCCUGCCACGAUGCCCAAUUCUGCUAAGCGGCCGUCACCCUGUCACCACCCUGCAAACACCCCGUCACCCUAUCAACACCGUGUCAAAUAUCUUGUCACCGUCAUCACCCUAUCAUCAUCCUGAUAGACAGUGCCCUUGUCUCUUCACCCUUUCCUCUUUAUCAGUAAAUUCUGUUUCAAAUUGAGAAACGGAAGGACUCAUAAUGAUCUAAGCUUGAAGGUUUUGACCCAUUCAGUUUAAAUUGGCAGAUAAGCCCCGUCACCUUCCCUGCAGUGGCGACCAAUCACACGCACUGAGCAAGGACGUGGGCGGGGCUUAUUCACCAGGGUGUCAGAUACCUCAAGACUGACUAACUGAUUGACUGAUUCUGCCAUAAGGAAGUCAUGUGUUGGUUCACUCAUAUCGAGUUGAUGUGAGUGACUUGGGGAUUCACAAAGAUCAUCAAGUCAGAUUGGGUCACGCCUGCAAUGCAAUAAUGGAUGUACGUCUGUCUGUGUGUCAUCCAGCGUGCGUCAAGUGUAUGCACCACCACCAUGUAUAACCGUGCUUGUGAUAGCUGAGUACAAAGUAUCCAAUGUACAACAAACUGUUAUUGUUACACUUAAGUCGACUGUUUAGUGGCGAUACGUUACUCUCUGUGGAUGAUGAACCUAUGUUGCGAAGGUUUUUUUUUUUUUUUGUGCCCUUUUCUUAUUUCAUUUUGUUAACUCAGAAGCGAUGUUCGGCAUUUUUUCAGCUAUAUAAUUUGUUCACAAUUUCUCAUUUUUUCCUUCAAUUUAUCAGUUCACUGCAAUUUUUCUCAAAAUUCUGCACGUGCUCUCAUCUGAAUUCAUUUACUUUGAACCGUAACCAAUUACAAUGUUGUGUUGACCACUUCUUUUAAUUCAUCGGUUCAUAAACAUUACAACCAAAGACGACGUCCCUCUCUUGCUUAAAUAUUCAUGUUCAAAGCAAUAGUAAACUCAUUACCACUACAAUGUCCAUCUCUUGUGCUAGUAUCGGGUAACCUAACAAACUAGAAAGGACGUAAGAGUUUGCUAUGCUUUGUAAUGAUGUACCAGUAGUCUAAUCUUUAACACUGCCAAGCCGCAUCGCACGAAAGAUCCCCAUAAGUCAUCCAUUCGCUCGCUCAACAACAAUACUCAUGACUCGCCACUGUUUAUACCUGACUACUCAUAAUACGUUAAUAUAUAUCACAUCUCGUAUUUAUUAUAGGGAAUAGGCUUUUAUUGCUUGAAGUGUUGGCCGAAUGGGUUUGGCGUGCAAUAUUCCUUGUAUCACAGGCUGACAGGAGGUACUUGGCUCAGAGGCUCCUCAUUGCUUCCCUCCUGCGCCUCCUGCGGCCUGCUACUCCAAUAAACAUGAGUUAUGUA